AUGGAAAAGCGCAUUAGUCGAUCGAACCUCAAGCGGCGACAAGAGUCCCCCUACCCCAAAAAGGAAAGCAAACGCGGCAAGGCCGGGAACACCAAAGAAGCUAAGACCAGCCUGGACGACUUGCCCGAUGAGUUGAUUGAGGAAAUCUUCAAGUUGGCGAACACAUGUUAUCCUGGCCAUCUUCCUAUCGAUAAGAUAAGACAACAGCGGAAGACGCGCACCCUGUGGAGCAUAUGCUUGGUCUCGAAGAGGUUCUGCCGGAUAGCAGAGCCCCUGCUAUACUCAUGGUAUGCCGACUACGACUCAAUUACUCGCCGCCACUUCUUGCGCAGAAUCGCGCAAAGUCCGGACCAUGCAGCACGUGUGCGCGAAAUGGUAGUCCGGCUUGAGGAAAAAAUCUUUGCCGCCCAACCUCACGAGGGCGGAGACUUCGCCGACAUUUUUGCCGCUGCUGCAGAAGUGAAUGACAUACUUUCCAAAGAGAGGUGGCUCGUUGAUUUAGCGCGCGGCCGCUACGAAUCCGAGGCGUCGCUCCUCCUGGCCCAGACGCCGAACCUGGAGGAGCUUAAGUUUGAGAUUGAUAAGAGCUUUGGCACCUUUUACGGCUGGACGCAUCGGCUUGCGAGGUGGAUAAUUCAGACGCCGCCCGAGGCCGGACACGUUGCGCCACUGUCGAAGCUAAAGAGCCUCAUCAUGGUUACAGAAGGAUAUUUCCAGAUGCUCUCUGUGCAGGAUUUCCUCGGCAUUCCAACGCUGCGCAACCUUGAGCUUUGGACCCCCGAAGCAUCGGACGAGGAUGCCUCGGAUUGGCCCAGGGCGAUUUCGAACGUCGAGACGCUGACCAUUGGGCCCUGUGUAGUGGGUGACGAGUUUAUCAAAGGACUGAUGGCGUCGUGCAAAGCACUGAAAUGCUUCAACUACGCCAUCGGGCGCAAUCUGCUUAAUCAGCGGCAGUGGAAGUGCGAAGCAAUAGACAUGGACCGGUUGUACGAAGCGCUGCUGCAGCAUCAAGACUCAUUAGAGACGCUGAACAUCGAAGGAGAUCGGAGCCAACACGUUUUGACCGAAAGCUUUCGCCUGACUUGCUUCAACAACCUCAAACAUCUCACCGUAUCCUUUGCAUCCUUCAUUGCAAUGGGUGGGCCUCGAUGGGCGCCGCUGGACGCUCUGCCGGGCUCUAUCGAGACGCUGCACUUGAACUGCUUCAAGGAGCAUUGGCUCACGCUGUCGGCCUUCCUGUCGGACCUCGUCGAAAACUACCGCGAGGAGUUUCCUCGAAUCAGGCUUCUGGAGCUUCUCGUGGAUGGCACGGCAUUCCACUUCAUGCACGACAAGUUGGACUUCCUGCCGAGCAGACUGAUUUGGGCAGGCAUCGAGCUACGCCUGGACGAGAGACCGAAAGGGGAGAACUUCCUGUACCUGCAACCGGUGCAGUCUACGCCUGGGACGUGUUCGGUGAUAUCGACGCUUGUGCCAGAUGACCUGUCGAAGCCGCGCAAGGCUGAUCGGGGGGUUCGUAGUUGGAAGAUGGUGUUCCCGGAGCGGUCAAUCGACACGCCGGAGAAGGAGUAG